GUGUUAGUGCAAAUCUCAGACCAUGGCGUCGCAUAGUGGUCGCGUCCUGGGACGCCACCGCCCGCUGUGGUUCGUGUGGGACCCAUCGGGCAUCGUGAUCGCGCUAUUCGCCUGGGUGCUGGUGUUCGGCCUACUGGUAGCGGUGCUCGCAUCCAUUUCGCAGUGGGUGGGACUACUCUCCCUCAUGGGGAUGACCGAGGGGAUCUGGUUCACGGGGCUCUUCGGCAUGUGCCUCUGGUGCCACGUCGUGGUGCUCACCAGCAACCCCGGCACGGUACCGUUCAAACUCAAGGGGUUGCCGCCAGCAGAAGCAGAAGAUCAGAGUGACGACGACGUGGAAGAGAUCGAGGAAGAGAUGCCACUGAAUGAGUACGAGGAGUGCGAGGACGACGGCUCACUGCUCAUCUACUGCGACGAAUGCGAGAUCUACAGACCGACAAGGGCCACGCAUUGCCACACUUGUGAACGAUGCAUUGUGCUACAAGAUCAUCACUGUCCCUGGGUGAAUAAUUGUGUGGGUAUUGGCAACCAGAAAGCGUUCCUCUUGAUGCUGCUAUACGUGACCGCCACGAGUAUACAGGCAGCUCUGCUGGUGCUGAUGCAGUACGCCAUGUGCUCGCGUGGCAAAUACACGUGCGGACUGCAGAAUGACCAGUUCCCUGGCAAAUUGGGCGGCUGGAUCCUGGCAGCGGCCGCCGUGUUCGGAAUCUUUUGCUCGCUCAUGCUUACCAUGGAGCUGUACAAUAUUUACCAGGACCCGUUGUUCACAUUGAUCGCUGACCAGAUUGCGGCUCGCCGUGGUGGGGACAAGUCAAGGACAAUACUGGAGAGGCAUCUGAGCGUCAUCUGCGGGACGGACGGCAUGCGAGCCUCGUGGUUUUUCCCUCCACCCGAGCGACGCUCUUUGCAUGACAUGGAGAUCGUACAGGGAUUCCGAUCCCGGCCAGACGACGCCGAGAUCUGUUGAACGCAGUGCGUUGCAAUCGAUAGUGAUAAAUAAGUACAUGUAGAAUCGAGAAAAAAAAAAUUACCCGACUUUGUGAGCUCGUCC